GUACAUCCCUCUCGCGCCUUAGGCAGACAAGUAAGUACCCCGGUCUUUCAGGGGUCAUAUCAGGGUAUAUAGAGAGUAUGACUUUCCUGCGAAAUAUCCUACAAGUACUACGCCCUAGAGAACACCCAGCUUCCUAGAAACCAACUCGUAAAAUCAUUACUAUGCCUUCUCCAUACUCACGAGCUCAAACAACCUUCCUUCCCCACCUCUCCGAGAUCAUCCAAGUCUACCCAGAGGGGGAAAGAUGGUGUGCAGGAUACGCUCCAUCACAGGGUCGUCGCUGCCAUCAAUCAACAAAUGCGCGGAACCGGCAAACCGCCAUGUACUUAUUAGAUGAAGGGACAGAAGACCUCUAUGCGGGACGAGACAUCAACGACCUGCUCGAGGCUUUGGCUCCUUACACUCUGUGCACACGGUGGCACAAGUAUCAGGCCCCCGAACUUGCCGCAAAGUGGAAGAGGAAGGUUCAACGAUUCUUGGGCUCCUGUGUGUCUCCUGCGCCUACUCAGCGAACUGCUGGAGAGCGACAACGGACUAGCCCUGCGGCAGGAUCCCGGCGAAUUGUAGAGGUGGAAUGCUCCAAUCUGGAGAACUGGGCUCUAGUCCGUAUUGAGGGGCGUGGAAAUCUACGGACUGUUAGAGCGUCACCAACACCUUCGCAAGAAACUCGCGUCAAUGGACGCGUCACUCAAACCACAAACUCCACCGAUAGACGACACGAGCUCUCUGUGAGUGGUGCUGCAGUUCCAACAGAGGAAAGAACGAAUAGAACAAGAGCAGUAGCCUACAGCUCCCAAGCAGGCCUCCAGGUUGCCUCCGUUGCAGCAUCGAACCGUGGACUGUCGAAUAUACCAACAGCGACUAUUCGCGCGACCUCUAAUCGUGCUCUUCUUGGCAGUGGCUCGAGAGCUGCUCUGUCAUCUACGGCAUCCUCAUGUUCUGGCGAUUCUACUCGCCGACCUAUUGAAGGAGACUGUAGCAUCUGCUUUGAGUCCCUGAAAAAGGCUCACCCUGGAGCUAGGCAUGGCGCUCACCAUGAUACGGAAGACGAGGAAGAACAGCAGGAAAUAUCCUGGUGCAAAGCCCAAUGUGGAGUCAACUACCACGCGACCUGCAUUGAAUCGUGGCUGAAAGUCUCCCCUAAGUCUACAUGUCCGACGUGUCGGAGAGCAUGGAAGGCUUAGGGUUAUAUUGUCUUGUUUCAGUUUGUACAGCAUGUGCGUUUAGGGUUUAGUCUGGUAGACUAAGCUCAAGAUACCCGAUCUCGAAUACCCCGAACAGAGCGUUCGAAAGUUUGAUAGCAUUU